UUCUGAAAAGUCAAGGCAGGCUUUUAUUUUGAAAGGGUCUGUCUGGUGGGCGACAGAGCUCUGUCUCCGACUGCUCGCGCGCUUCACGCUGCCGCCGCUGAACAGAUCAGACGCACGGUCGCGAAUGACCGUAAAGCACGCGAAGACGCUGCUGUAUCUCUGGACACUUGCAUCCUCGGAGCCCGUUUGUCUCUGGAGUAUCCAAGCGGGAUCGUUAGUCUGUGUAAGAGAGACACAGAGAGAGCAGUGAAGGAGGAGGAGGAGGCCACUCCUUUGAUAAACUGUGCAAACGCAAAAAAGCUCGCUCUUACAGCUGCGGCUGACUUGUGUUUUCAUUCAGCAGAUGUGUUUGGACCCAUUAAUCACUACAGCCGUGUGUUUGGAUCCUCUGCGUUCUCGAUCAUUCCCGUGUCGGAUCUUCAGAGAGGAAACCAUGUAACCUGGUAACACGAAUGCAGACUUCCUUGGUUACGUGGAUCUCAGUGCCAUGGCAGUAACGCAGCGGGGCCUUCAGACAGCCAGACCUCAUAAACACCUGUCAAGAACGAGCGCUGUGAUCCGGCUUUUGUUCUAAACGCAGAGCCAAACGGGAGACAGGAAAUCCAGUCUUGCUAGAGUUGAGAUCGUACAGCAGCAGGAGUGACGUGAAAGCACAGGCACAUCGCAGCCAUGCUGGAGGAGGACAUGGAGGUGGCCAUCAAGGUGGUGGUGGUGGGGAACGGAGCGGUCGGGAAGUCCAGUAUGAUCCAGCGAUACUGCAAGGGCAUCUUCACUAAGGACUACAAAAAGACCAUCGGGGUUGACUUUCUGGAAAGACAGAUCAUAGUUAAUGGUGAGGACGUCAGGCUGAUGUUGUGGGACACGGCGGGACAGGAGGAGUUUGAUGCCAUCACCAAGGCCUAUUAUAGAGGAGCUCAGGCCUGUGUGCUGGUCUUCUCCACCACCGACAGAGAAUCCUUUGAGGCCAUCAGCAGCUGGAGGGAGAAAGUGGAGAUGGAGGUCGGAGACAUACCCACCGUCCUGGUGCAGAACAAAAUUGACCUACUGGACGACACCGUUAUCAAAAAUGAGGAGGCUGAAGGACUCGCUAAGAGGCUGAAGUUGAGAUUCUAUCGGACGUCAGUGAAAGAAGAUCUGAACGUCAAUGAGGUUUUUAAGUAUCUAGCUGACAAAUAUCUACAACGACUCAAGCAACAGUCAGCAGAGGAGACAGAGGUUGUUCACACAUCCAGCAAUAAAAUAGGUGUUUUCAACACUACCGGCGGCAGUCACCCCCACCAGGCCUCCGGCGAUCUGAACGGCCGUGAGGUCAUAAACCUGCGCCCAAACAAGCAGAGGACCAAGAAAACCAAAAACCCCUUCGGCAGCUGCAGACUGCUGUAGAAUGUGUCUGAAUCACGGUAUGCCUUGCUGGGAAUUGAUGAGCCGCAGGUGAUACGAAGCCUCAUUAGCACUAAUUAGAGUCCACUCUGAACGUGUGUCAUCCAGAGCAGAUCUGUCAAAAAUGUGUGUGUGUGUGUGCAUGCAUGUUUAUGUGGUUUAUGAGGACACAAAUUUGUAUAAUAACAUGGUUAUGACAUAGGUAUUACAAUGAGGAGGUGAUUUAUGAGGACAUUUUCAGU